CAAUUAUAUUAGAUUAGGCAGAUCAGAGAGUGAGAGAGAGCGCUGCAAGUAGAGUGUGAGGCAUGCCUCCUUGGCUGUUCUCCCCAAGUAUCAUCCUUGUCGAUUUGCGUUACAGGCAUUGAAUCCAAAAACCAUCCCUUCACUUCUUUUGUAGUCACUACUCAAGUUCUUACUUGUAAGUUCUGCUCUCCCCCUACCAUCUGUGCAAUCAAACUGGGAUUGGCAUCUGGCAUUGUCCUAAUCUUUUACCUUAUUCCUCCUCCUCUUUUUGGCACAAUCACCGCCUAAAACCACACCACAUCCAUAACCAUCACGCGACCCAAUUUACUGUAUGGAUCAUAUCUUCUGCUGCACUUCCACUCUCAAUAUUCUCAGUCUUCUUGUUCUGCUUCUCACCACUAGAGGCGUUUCGGGUGCUACAUUUACGUUUGUGAACAGAUGUGAUUACACUGUGUGGCCAGGCAUUCUCGCAAAUGCAGGCAGCCCCAGGCUCGACAGCACUGGGUUCGAGCUCCCAAAGGAUAGUUCCCGUUCCUUCCAAGCCCCCACCGGCUGGUCCGGCCGGUUCUGGGGUCGGACGAAUUGUAAUUUCGACGGAUCCGGAUCAGGGUCGUGCCUCACUGGCGACUGCGGCUCCGGACAAGUCGAGUGCAAUGGACUUGGAGCCGCCCCGCCCGCCACUCUUGCCGAGUUUACGCUCGGGUCUGGUGGGCAGGAUUUCUACGACGUCAGCUUGGUGGACGGGUACAACCUUCCCAUGAUCGUUGAAGGUACUGGCGGAUCGGGUGCAUGCGAUUCGACCGGAUGCGUCUCUGAUCUGAACCAACAAUGCCCCUUGGAGCUGAGGGUCGGGGACGGUAGCGCCUGUAAGAGCGCGUGCGAGGCGUUCAGGAGCCCCGAGUACUGCUGCAUCGGCGAGUAUGGCACGCCCGCUUCUUGUAGGCCCUCGGUGUACUCGGAAAUGUUCAAGUCCGCGUGUCCGAGAUCGUAUAGCUACGCGUACGAUGAUGCUACGAGUACGUUCACCUGUACCGGUGCCGAUUAUACGCUGACGUUUUGCCCUUCGUCUCCAAGUCAGAAAUCUUCAAGAGAUCCAACCCCAACAGCAUCAGCAACCUCUCUGGGGUCCGGGUCAGGAUAUUACUCUGUUUCGGGUUCAGGGUCAGGUGAAGGAUCAGAUACCGGUUCAGGGUCAGCUGAAGGAUCAGAUACCGGUUCAGGGUAUUCCGUUUCUGGUUCAGGUUCAGGGUCAGGAGAAGCCACGAUCGCAGAUGGGUCAUGGUUAGCUGGUUUGGCCAUGGGAGACUCACCAAGAACACUUUCUCCUUCAACCUUCCAAUCUGCAUUAAUAGCCUGGGCUACUUUGUCUCUCACCCUCUCAUUGCAAUUUUUGUAGCCCCUCUUAGCUGCACUUGACCUUAAGUCAUGGCUUUUGCUAUGCUGUGCUGAGUGUGUCUCAGAUUUGCAGUCUUUUGCUGGGAAAGCUGACAGAUUCCUCCAGAUUGUAAAACAUCCAAUUCUACUCCGAGGGUCCCCCCAAGAAAAAAGUUCGACGUUAUAUAUAUACUGGAAGUGUUUGUAUUAUUUAUAUCUAAUUUUCAUUUCCUUUUCCUUUCGAACUUAAACAUUUUUAGGUUCUGCAUCAUUAUCCCGGGGUUAAAACAAAAAGAAAAAAACAAAUCAGGGAGGUUGGCUGUUUUCUGGUUGUGAAUCUGUCGUAAAGAGAGGAAAGAAAGAGGUGUUUGAGAGUGUCAUGUGAAUUCAUGAGUAGGAUGGUUUGUUGUCUCUGGGAGGAGGGAUAACUUUGUGGCCUUGCGGGCGUUGCAAGUUUUAUGUUGCUUUGGCAUUUUGUCUUUCGUCUGUUGAAGAAGGGAAUUUCUUGAA